UAAAGCACAUACGUAUUCUGUCUUCUUUCUUUCACUCACACACCGGUCUAACAACACGUUUUCGUUGUAAUUUUAAAAUUACUUGAUUUGUAUUUUGCGUAUCUAUUAUUAACUCUGAAGAUAAGUGAAAAUGGCUCUUUGGGUGGAUAAGUACAGGCCAAAGGCGCUGGAAGAGUUGGAUUAUCAUCUCGAAAUGGCACAAAGUUUAAAAAAUUUGGUGAAAUCGGAGGACUUUCCGCAUUUGUUGGUGUACGGUCCAUCAGGUGCUGGCAAAAGGACGAGGAUAUCUUGCAUAUUGAGGGAAUUGUAUGGUUCUGGAGUUGAUCGGGUCAGAAUUCAGAAGCAAGUUUUUGAGACCCCAUCAAAAAAGAAAAUUGAAAUCUCAACAUACUCCAGUAACUAUCAUAUCGAAGUAAAUCCCAGCGACGUCGGAAUUCAGGACCGAGUCGUGAUUCAAGAAUUAAUUAAGACCGUUGCAGAAACGCACCCUUUAGACCAACAUCCAUUUAAAGUAAUUGUACUACAAGAAGUCGACCGUCUCUCAAAAGAUGCACAAGACGCGUUACGAAGAACUAUGGAAAAAUAUAUUUCUUCUUGUCGUCUGAUUCUUUGUGCCCUGUCGACAUCCCGAGUCACGCCUGCCAUUCAAAGUCGAUGUUUGCCCAUUCGUGUCGCUGCUCCGUCCGAUACUCAGAUUGUCAGAGGACUGCAGAACGUUUCAAAGAAGGAAGGAAUCACUCUUCCGCUUAAACUUGCUGAUCGAAUUGCUGAAGCAUCUCAAGGAAAUUUGCGCCGUGCAAUUUUAAUGUUGGAAGCCUGCCGUGCAGAACGAUACCCCUUCGCUGAAGAUCAAAACCUCGUGCAGCCAGACUGGGAAAAGUAUUUGAAAGAAACUGCUCUGCUCAUUGUCCAUGAACAAACUCCCGAACGAUUACUCCAAGUCCGAGAGAACAUUUACGAACUGCUCUGUCACUGCAUCCCUACCGACCUUAUUUUUAAAGGCUUGUUGAAGGAACUUGUUCGCAACUGUGAUAACCAGUUGAAAGCAGAGAUAUGUUCAGAAGCAGCGACAUGUCAAUGGAGAGCGACGCGUGGGAACAAACCAAUAUUUCAUAUUGAAGAGUUUAUCGCAAAGUUUAUGGCCAUUUAUAAGCGGUUCAUUGAACAAGCAGCUAUGAUUGAUGAUGACAUGGAGUAAUUACUCAGAUGAAGUGAUGUUAAUUGACGAUUUCUGCUAUUCAAGAACUUUUGUGGUUGUUUGUUCCAAGUUUCUUCCUGUAAUUAAGGCAUUAUGUUAAUUUGUAUAUAAUUUAUUAUCUGCUUCUGCUGGUGUGCACAUACCAAACUUAAAGUGUAAUUAAUGAACACGCAUCUAUCUAAAUAAAAUAUCUAUAAAUGAUAAA